CUCGUCUCCCCGCCUCCAUCCAUCCCACCCCCUCUCACUCUCUCAGGCUCUCACCGCAACUCGCCAGCAAAAUCCUUCACACCAACGAGAAGCCCAAUCAAAUCCUCGAUCGGCUCCUUCUCACCCGAUCGAUCGAGCUUGACGCGGGACACACACGCACCGUUCGCGGGGAAGAAGCAAUGGAGGGCGCCAUGGAGGGGAAGGGCGGCAGCCAAGGGGAGCAGCUGGUGUCGGAGCUGUGCCGCGUGCAGGGCCUGGUGCGGCAGCUGGAGCUGCACCUGCAGGCGCCGGACGCCGGCUCUGUCGAGCACUGCCGCCGCCUCGCCGCGCAGAUCGUCGCGCUCACCGACAGGUCCAUCGCCUUCGUCACCGCCGCCGCCAUGACGCCGCGGUCCGGCACGGCCAGCCCCCUCAGCGACGUCUCCCACCAGCAGCAGCCCUUCAGGCAGCCCAACCCCAAGAAGAGGAAGGCGACGGCUCGGUGGACGAGCCAGGUGAGGGUGAGCGCGGCGGGCGGCGCCGAGGGGCCGGGGGAGGACGGGCAUAGCUGGAGGAAGUACGGGCAGAAGGACAUCCUGGGAGCCAAGCACCCCAGGGGCUACUACCGCUGCACACACCGCAACUCGCAGGGCUGCGCCGCCACCAAGCAGGUGCAGCGCGCCGACCACGACCCGGCGCUCUUUGACGUCGUCUACCACGGCGAGCACACCUGCAGGGCAUCAUCCACCGGCGCCGGCGCCGGCAGUAGGAUCAGGCCGCCGCCGCUGGACCAGCAGCAGCAGCAGCAGCACAACCCGCACGCGCAGAGCCUGCUGCAGAGCCUCAGCGCCGGCCUCACCGUGGACACGGCGAGCCUGCUGCACGCCUCCUCGCCGAUGACGCCGCCGUCGAUGGCGUCCGACUCCAACGGCGGCCUCACGCCCAUGUCUGCGUCGUACCCGGUGAACGCCUUCACGGAGUGGCCUUUGGACUGCGACCUCCAGGAGGUGGUGUCGGCGCUCACGGCCGUGUCAGGGCCGGCGCCCGCCAUGUACACCGACGACGUCAUGACGUACUACUUCGAGUUCGACCCGACCUUCGGCGCCGACAUGCCGAGCCUUUUCUGAUGAGGAAGAACAGAGGAUCGUUCAAGUGCAAGUGUGAUCACCCCUACCCCUGUCCAAAUUGUCCAUGGCAUGAUGGCAGGAGGGAAGAACAGAGAAAUGGUUCUUCCUAAGGUCAGAUCAGUGCAGAUGUAAUCACAGCAGGAGCACACUAGCUAGGCAGAAGGGAGCCAUAGGACAUCUGAACUCUGAAUAGCAUAUCUUGUCCCAUUCUUUAUUUCUUUUCUACAGUUUUUUUGUUUGGGUUUCGAUCUUGUUGAUUUAUGUAUGAAAAGGGAGAGAGAGAAAAAAAAAUAAGAUGUGGAAAUUUAAGUUCCGCUGAAUCUGAGAACUGGUUUUUGUGGACAGUCUGUAAAGCCCCUCUUUGGACUUUGAAUGGUUCACUUUGAAGUUUCUA